GGCAGCCACAUUCAGAUCUCCUAGGCCAGCUUCAUGCCUAUUGGAUCAAGGCUUUCAAAGACGUCUACUCUCUUCUAGUUUGUCGAGCCAGAAUCAGAGCAAAUCCACAACCACAAACAAUGCCCAUAGUGUUAAAGAAACGUUGGUUUCUCCAACCGCAUUGGCUUCAUCUUCGAAUAUAUCUUCCAAAGAUGUUUUGGACAAGACCACUCGUUAUCCACAAAAAAAAAUGCCUUUGCUUUCAAAUUCAAAGUAUGAAAGCGACACCUAUAAAUUACCCAAAUGGAAGGAAUCAUUUAUUGAAGCAUUUAUCUCGCUUUUUCGUUUAGAUAUGGAUAGAAUCAGGGCAGGUCCCAUAGCAGGCUCAAAAUACUAUGCAAUGUGUAAGAUUCAAGGUUUGCAUUAUAGAAAUGAAAAGUUAUCUUCGACAGCAAAAUUUUACUACGAAACCUUGGGUUUGCCAAACACCUUUUCAACGUGGUAUCAAAUCACCUUAUUGCACGAAUGGAUGUUAUUUGUAAGAAUGAGAGCCAUGCCAGGAAAGUAUGGUCAAAACUAUCAACAAAAAAUAGUUGAUAGAACAUUUCAGGACAUUGAGCUAAGAUUAAGCGAGGAAAUGAAUAUCCAUUCAGGUAGAAUCCGUGAUAGAUACUUGAAGGAAUUUGACAAUCAAUUAAGAGGUGCUAUAUUAUCUUACGAUGAAGCAUUUGUCUCUGAUGAUAUAACUUUGGCUUAUGCUCUCUGGAGAAACUUAUUUAAUGCAAAACAGGAUGUUGAUUACCUACAUUUAGAAGCAUUGGUAAGAUACAUCAGAAUGAAUUUAUACGUUUUGAGCAAAUUGUCUGAUAGAGAAUUUGGCUUUGGCAAUUUUACAUUCGUCGCACCAAAUGAAGUUGUUAAAUUAUUAACACCAAAAGAAGAAAUUGAAUUAAGAAAAACUGCCCAUAAAUUAUUUGAGCCUAAAAAUGGAAAAAUCUUACCAAGUCAAAGAAGUAAGUUAUCAUUAGAUAACUGAGAAAGUGAUAUAAAAGUACAUAGGUAAAUUCCAAAAAAAUACCUCAAAAAUUAUUUAAAAGGCUAUAUGUAUAUAAUAUUUCAACUAGGUUUUGUUCAGCGCUUUUUUUGUUGUCCUUUAACUUAUUUUUAUUUUCUUUUCUUUUUCUUUUUAUUUUUU